UGAAGAAACGGAAACGGCCAGCAACACAAGUGAAGAAACCAAAACGACCAAACGACCAAACAAUACAAGUAAAGAAACGACCAAACAACACAAGUAUAGAAGCAAGUCGGGUUUUACUACCUUCUGCAUUGCUAGUAGAUAAAAAAUGCCACCUGCAACAAAAAAAUAUACAACCCAAUUCCUUAGGAGUCGUUGAUAAUUACCCAAACAUUCAUGUAACUCGAUUUGAUGGAAAUCAAAAAAAAAGAUAUCUUUACAAAAUUUUUCGUCUUGGUUAUUAUCCGUCAAAUGUUAAACAAACACAAAGAAGUGGUUAUUUAAUUCCUAAUGAAUACUUAGUUAGCAUUAAAAUUCGUGGUGUGGACCUUAUGGCCGAAACUCGAUAUGAUUCUAAUAACCAAGUAAUAUAUACAUUAACCUGGGACAGUUCUGAUAGAAAAAAACAAUCUGUAUCAAGUAAUAAAUCUGCAAGCAAUGUAGCGACUUUAUUUUUACAA